AUGGAUUCUGAGAGUCAUGUACCAGAGGAGCAUCGGGUGAAUAGAACUGGCAAGUGGCUGCCACAGGAUCACCGCGUCCACAAGGAAUGGCUCGGUGAUAUCAUUGACUAUGUCGACAAUCAUCCGAAAGAGCUCCACCCUGUGAUCAAAGAGUUUCGAGACAUGAUCGAAGAAGACACGCGGAUAUAUCUGCUCUUCUCCUCCAUGUUUGAACAAAUUCCAAACAAGAAGCCAUACAACAACGAUCCUACCGGCCAUCGUCAGAUCCACGAUUGUGACCAUAUGCUCCGCGUCCUCAACCAUCUCUUGACUACUGCCCCAUCAUGGAGCAACAAGUCGGAAAGAGUUGGUCUGGUCGGUCUCCCCAUCAACGCUCUUUUCGACUGGCCAAUGGCAACUAAAAGCGGCUUUGCUGUUUUCUUGGAUCCGAAGGUAAAUGCUAUGUUGAAAAAGGUACUGAAUACCUGGGCCGAAUAUCUUGCAUCUCCCGCAUCCGCUGAGGUUCUCGAAGAAGGCAAUCCUAGUAGCUGGUUCAGUGACACUGGAGUAAAAGAACUGGCAAAGACUGCCAACAUUGAAGAGACGUCCUAUUCAUUCGAGGAAAUGUUCAUUUGCAAUCCCUCAGCCAAGCACCAUGGCUUCAAAUCCUGGGAUGACUUUUUCACUCGCCAAUUUAAGGAAGGCAUCAGACCUGUUGCUGCUCCAGAUAACCCAGAUGUCAUCGUCAAUGCUUGCGAGUCCACCCCCUUCAAUGUUGCAUAUGGGGUCAAAGCUCGUGACAAAUUCUGGAACAAGGGACAACCGUACUCGGUCAGCGAUAUGUUAGCUCACGACGAGCUUACCGAGCAAUUUAUAGGCGGAACAGUCUAUCAAGCAUUUUUGAACGCCCUCAGCUACCACCGCUGGCACAGUCCCGUGGCAGGUCGAAUUGUCAAAGCUUAUGUACAAGACGGGACUUACUUCUCCGAGCCUCUUUUCGAAGAGUUUGAUGCCACCCAUGGAGCUGAUGAAGGGGGAGAGGUGACUGGACAAGGCUACAUCACUGCCACUGCCGUACGUGCCAUUAUCUUCAUCGAAGCGGACAAUCCUGCUAUCGGUCUGAUGGCAUUCCUGGGGGUGGGCAUGGCCGAGGUCUCGACCUGCGAUAUCACGGUCAAGGAGGGUCAGCACGUUGAAAAGGGCGAUCAGAUUGGGAUGUUCCAUUUCGGUGGAUCAACACAUUGCCUCUUGUUCAGGAAUGGAGUGGAAGUUGGCGGGUUUCCCGAUGCCAGCAGACAGAAAAAUGUUCCCGUUCGUGCUGAGGUUGCCGUAGUCAAAUCGAGUGCUGGAUCAUGA